UUUUAUAUUUGAUAACAUCUCCAUGACGACAGUUUUACACCAGCGUACCUACCUAUUUUGUAUUGUAAUUAUUUUCAUAAUUUGAAUUAAACGAUAAGCUAAUAGAAGACAUCGAUAAGGAAAAACUAGUAAAACAAUGUCUGGUAAUAGUCUUGACGAGGAAGUACAAGCAGAUCUACCAGAACCUGAUGAGGAAGAGCAGCAAUUGAAAAUACGACCUCUAGAGCGGAUAAAACUUAACCCUAAAGUACCUAUUGAACCCUCGGCUUACGGAAAAGGGAAAAAUUUUAGUAGAGAUUGGAUCUUGCAAGAUGGCCGGACUAUCCCUACGAUGGGCAGCGAAAUGCGUAAUCAAUUUAAAGUGCCCAAGAAAUCGAAACAUGGUGAAGGUAUUCGCAAAAGGAUGAUGACCGAUUUUUUCUGGGAACAAAUGCUAGAUGAAGUUAUUGAGGAAUUGGCAACCUCACAACCGGUCGCCGAAUAUUGUACAGAAUACGACGCAAAUUAUAUUAAAGAUCAAUUUGAACCACGCAAUUUAGAGAUAACUGCUGACAAAAACAUGCAUCUAAAGUAUCCUCUUUACGGAACCGGUUCCAGUGCUAUCACUUAUUACAGCGAAACCAUUCAGAAAACUGGACUUGGAGAAAUAUUGGAGAAAUUUCGAAGAUGCCAAUACUUUACUAAACCCAUGGAAGAAAGAAUGGAUAAUGGUUGGGUUUUGUAAUUAACUUUUUU